ACUCUGCCACUCGCACAUGUUGUUUAUGUUUCAAUUUUACGGAAACAUUUUCAUUUACGCCGCAGAAAAGUCCAAUAAAUGCUAUCAGGAUGAAGGUGAAAAUGAUCAGUCGCAAUCCGGACAAUUAUGUGCGGGAAACCAAGCUGCAGCAGCACAAAAUGCCCCGGAACUAUGAUCCUGCGCUGCAUCCUUUGGAGGGUCCUAGGGAAUAUGUGCGUGCCCUGAAUGCCACCAAAUUGGACCGAGUGUUUGCCAAGCCCUUUGUCUGCAACCUAAGCGGACAUCGCGAUGGAGUCUCUUGCUUUGGGAAGCACCCCAAGCAACUUUCCUGUUUGGCCACCGGCGCCUACGAUGGCGAAGUGCGCAUUUGGGACUUGGCAAAUCGUGCUAGUUCCCGGAACUUCGUAGCCCACGACGGCUUCGUCAGGGGCAUAACUUACACUCAGGAUGGACGUCGCAUCUUCACCGUGGGCGAUGAUAAAACCAUCAAGGUGUGGAAGGCAGAGGCCCCUGAAGUGGGCGAGGAUGAGGUGCCUGUGAAUACCAUACUGAGUAAAUUUGGCCUCCACGGCAUCUCGCACAAUCGCAAGGAGAACAAGUUCGCCACCUGCGGAGAGGUGUGCGCCAUUUGGGACGAGAAACACAACGAUCCCCUGAAGACCCUGAAGUGGGGCGUCGAUACCCUGCACACCAUAUCCUACAAUCCCGUGGAAACGAGCAUCCUGGCCUGUUGUGCCAGUGAUCGCAGCAUUAUCCUGUAUGAUCAAAGAGAGGCGCAGCCAUUGAGAAAGGUCGUCCUUACCAUGAAGAGCAACAAACUGGCCUGGAAUCCCAUGGAGGCCUUUAACUUCACAGUGGCCAACGAGGAUUGCAACCUCUACACUUUUGACACCCGCAAGCUGCAAACGCCCCUGAAGGUGCACUUUGACCACGUUUCUGCCGUCACUGACGUGGACUACUCGCCCACGGGCAAGGAGUUCAUCUCAGGAAGCUAUGACAAGACUAUCCGGCUCUACAAUGCCCACCAUAGCCACUCGCGGGACAUUUACCACACCAAACGUAUGCAGCAUGUGGUGUGUGUGGCCUGGUCCCUGGAUAAUCGAUACGUCUUCUCCGGCUCCGAUGAGAUGAACGUGCGCAUGUGGAAGGCAAAUGCAUCCGAAAAACUGGGCGUCAUUCGUCCGCGUGAGCGGGUCAACUUCAAUUACCAGGAGGCACUGAAGCAAAAGUAUGCCGCUCAUCCGCAGAUCAAGCGAAUUGCUCGCCAUCGCCAGGUUCCGCGUCACGUGCUCAAUGCACAGAAAAAGAUGCGCACGGUCAAGGAGAAGGAACAGGUCAAGGAGGCCAAUGUGCGCAAGCACUCCAAGAAGGGCAAGGUGCCUUUCGUCAGCGAAAAAAAGAAGCAUGUGCUGAAGGAGGAGGUCUAGGGACGAUUGUUUACGACUGUAGUUGGAUAAGUUUGAAUAAAAUUGAUUUUUGUAAGGCGAAA